AUGUCUCGGAACGCUAACAAGAAACCCGUCGGUUUCGCCACCCAUAUCAUUGCUGGAGGCAUUGCCGGCGGAUGCGAGGCGCUAGUAUGCCAGCCGCUGGAUACUAUCAAGGUCCGAAUGCAGCUGUCCAAGUCCGGACGUGCUCCCGGGACCAAAGCUAGAGGAUUCCUAGCAACUGGCGCGUACAUCGUAAAGCGCGAAACACCCCUGGCGUUGUACAAGGGUCUCGGUGCCGUCUUGUCAGGCAUCGUUCCGAAGAUGGCCAUCCGCUUCGCCAGUUUCGAGGCGUACAAAGGUUGGCUCGCGGAUAAGGAGACGGGAAAGACGAGUGUGGGGAAUAUCUUCAUCGCUGGUCUCGCCGCUGGUACAACGGAAGCCGUCGCGGUCGUGACACCGAUGGAGGUCGUGAAAAUUCGUCUGCAGGCUCAGCAACACUCGCUGGCCGACCCUCUAGAAGCGCCCCGGUACAGAAAUGCUGGUCAUGCUGUGUAUACCAUCGUCCGAGAGGAAGGAGUGUCAACCUUGUACCGCGGGGUUUCUCUGACUGCGCUAAGACAGGCCACCAACCAAGGUGCCAACUUCACUGCAUACCAAGAGAUCAAAAAACUUGCGCACAAGUACCAACCUGACCUCGUCGACCUGCCUUCGUACCAGCACAUGAUCAUCGGUCUCAUUUCAGGUGCUAUGGGUCCCUUCUCGAACGCGCCAAUUGACACGAUCAAGACGCGUCUACAAAAAGCGCCAGCGAUCCCCGGCCAGUCAGCCUUCCAACGCAUCUUCGCCAUCGCCGCCGACAUGUGGAAAACUGAGGGAGUGAAUUCUUUCUACAAGGGCAUCACACCGCGUGUGCUUCGUGUCGCGCCUGGUCAAGCCAUUGUGUUCGCGGUGUACGAGCGCGUGAGCACCGUCAUUGAGAAGAUCAACCCGAGGAUCACUGAGGACGAUGGGUACGCGGAGUAA